UCCGCGGCAUCCCUGCCUCUGGACCGCCUCGCCGCUGCUCGCUUUGAAUCCUGAACACUGGGUUAAAGCUUAAUUCUCAUGUCGUGGUUGCUGGGCUGCUGCUUUCCUGUGUUUGGCGAUGGGAGGUGGAGGAAAAGGGAUUGUCCGUGAGUCAACACUGAAAAUGUGAUUAGGAGGAACUGCUUUCACUAAUCUGUGUCUAACCUUUUAGUCCAUGUUGGCCUGUGACCCCUUUCAGCUUUCAGAUCGAGCCUGAUUAGACCACCACACUGGUCUCCUUAUGGAAGCAGCUGUUUCUCUCUGGCAUUGAGACCCCAUGGAGAAGCCGAGGAGGGGUAUGGCUCUACAUAUCCAUGAAGCCUGGAUACUUCUGUUGGUAAUCCCUGGUUUGGUGACUCCAGCUGCCAUCAAUCAUGAAGACUACCCUGCCGAUGAAGGGGACCAGACCUCCAGUAAUGACAACCUGAUCUUUGAUGACUACCGAGGGAAGGGCUGCGUGGAUGACAGUGGCUUUGUGUACAAACUGGGAGAACGUUUUUUCCCGGGACAUUCCAACUGUCCCUGUGUCUGUACUGAGGAUGGACCUGUUUGUGAUCAACCAGAAUGCCCUAAAAUCCACCCAAAGUGUACAAAAGUGGAACACAAUGGAUGCUGUCCAGAAUGCAAAGAAGUGAAAAACUUUUGUGAAUAUCAUGGAAAAAAUUACAAAAUCUUGGAGGAAUUUAAGCCCUCGCCAUGCGAAUGGUGUCGCUGCGAGCCCAGCAAUGAAGUUCACUGUGUUGUAGCAGACUGCGCAGUUCCCGAGUGUGUCAACCCAGUCUAUGAACCAGAGCAGUGUUGUCCGGUCUGCAAAAAUGGUCCCAACUGCUUUGCAGGAACCACCAUCAUCCCGGCUGGCAUCGAGGUGAAGGUGGACGACUGCAACAUCUGCCACUGCCACAACGGGGACUGGUGGAAGCCAGCGCAGUGCUCCAAGCGCGAGUGCCAGGGCAAGCAGGCACUGUAGCGGCACAACCCCCGGCACUUCCCACCCCCGCCGGCCACAGCAGGGUCACCAGCAAAGCCCCCGGGGAC